AUGGAAAAAGCACAACACAUUUCAACCAAAAAAAUGAAGAUGGGAGAGAUGUGGACUAAUCUAGGUUCUGCAAUUGCGGGUCUAAUGUUCAUAUGGGCCAUGUUCAAGAAUUACUUCCCAGAUGAACUCCGCGGCAGUCUCGAGAGAUACACUUACAAACUGGUGAGUUUCGUGUCCCCCUACAUGCAAAUUAAAUUUCAUGAAUACCCAGGUGAUGGGUUUGAGCGUUGUGAAGCCUACUCCACCAUUGAGAGGUACCACGGUACCAAUUCUGCGACACGAGCCAAGAGGCUUAAAGCAGACGUAGUCAAAGACAGUCAAUCUCUGCUCUUUAGCAUGGACGAUAACGAGGAGAUCACAGAUGAAUUCAGAGGAAUUAAGAUUUGGUGGGCUUCGAGCACAAACAUUCCUACAACACAGUCGAUUUCUAUCUAUCCCAACGAAGGAAUAACGAGGUUUUACACCGUCAAAUUCCACAAGCAGCACCGUGAUAUCAUUACCAAAGUUUACUUGAAUCAUGUGUUGGACAAAGGGAAAGAAAUCGCUGUUACAAACCGGCAAAGGAAGCUUUACAUCAACAAUAAGAGUGAGAAUUGGCAUGGAUACAAAAGGACAAUGUGGAGCCACAUAAUAUUUGAGCACCCUGCAACAUUUGGGACUUUGGCAAUGGAGCCCAAAAAGAAACAAGAAAUAAUCAAUGACUUGAUCACCUUCAGCAAGGCAAAAGAGUAUUAUGCAAAGAUAGGAAAGGCAUGGAAGCGUGGCUAUCUUCUUUAUGGUCCUCCUGGAACAGGUAAGUCAACCAUGAUCGCUGCCAUGGCUAAUCUUUUGAACUAUGACAUUUAUGAUCUUGAACUUACAUCGGUUGAGAACAACACGGAGCUAAGGAAGUUGUUGAUCGAUACAUCAAGUAAAGCCAUCAUAAUGAUUGAGGACAUCGAUUGUUCUCUUGAUCUGACGGGCCAAAGGGAGAAGGAGAAGAAGAAGGACGACAAACAAAAAGAAGAAAAGGACCCAGUUCGCAAAAAGAUGAAAGAUGAUGAGGAGGGCAAGAGUAGCAAAGUUACUCUAUCGGGACUUUUGAACUUCAUCGACGGGCUUUGGUCAGCUUGUGGUGGUGAGAGACUCAUCAUAUUUACAACUAAUUAUGUGGAGAAACUCGACCCUGCUCUCAUCCGGAGGGGACGAAUGGAUAAGCAUAUAGAAUUGUCCUACUGUUGUUUCGAAGCAUUCAAGGUUCUUGCGAAGAACUAUUUGGAUCUUGACUCUCACCAUUUGUUUGGAACUAUUGAUCGCUUAUUGGAAGAAACGAAUAUGACUCCAGCAGAUGUUGCGGAGAAUUUGAUGCCCAAGUCUGAUGAAGAAGAUGCCGAGACUUGCUUGAACAACUUGAUCAAAGCUCUUGAGACGGCAAAGGAAGAAGCAAGGCUGAAAGCAAAGGAGGAAGAGAAACUGAAAGCUGAGCAAGAAGUGGAAGAAAAAGAACAAAAUGUUGAAAAAGUGGAGGAUGAAAAAACUCUAGUCAAAGAUGUGAAAGAAAAUGGAGUCAUCAAGGAAGGAUAG